ACUGACUAGAUAUAUACCCUGAUUAUUUUCUAUUUAAUUUCGAAUAAAUAAAAACGGUUAAAGUUUAGCAGCAGUUAAGAAUUGCAACUUUAGUUAUCUUCAGUUCGUCUGUAUCGAGGUGAAAGUUGAUUGAACUAUUGGCUACAAUCUCAUAUUGUCCUUGACUACGGAGUCGCAAUGGUCAAGAGGUCGCCGCGCACGACCCAUCCCGCGGUGUAACGCCCCACAUCCGGCGCUAACUGGGUCACUCGGCAAACGAACCCACAACACUACAAGGACGGACCUCAAAGGUCACAGCCCUUAUGAAGUCAAUACAAUUAGUUUUUAAUUGAAAUCGAUAAUACACACAACAUGUCACUUUUUAAGCUCGUCUUGUAAUAUUAGUGUUAAAUUGAAAUUUUGAAAAAAGUUAUAACAGCAACAUAGUAAUGUUUUUUUCGGUCAGUCCGUUUACCUGGGCACUGUCGUGUCGUGCCGUGAGCAGGUGUGCGAUGCCGUCGCGUGCGGGUCCACAUAAAUACCGCGCGCGGCCGGCACCGCGCCAGUCUGUGCUCUACCUCGUUCAGUGUCGGACCCGUGUUCACUUGUGAGUUGUGUCGUGUCACUCUGUGUCGGUGCCGGAGAUUUGCAACAUGAUCAUCUGCCUGUCCGGGUUCGUUAUUGCCGGAACGUCACCUACGUCGCUGUCGUCGCGUAAUGAUGUUAUGUGCAGCGCGACGUACGCGGCGCACCAGCAGACCCUGCUGCAGCACCUCGCCCACCUGCAGCCCCCGCACCACGCCCCGCAGCCCGCACACCUCGCGCACAGAGGUGGAGGCGCGCGCUGCAGCAGCAGCUCGGAGUCGGUGUCCAGCCACAGCGCCUCUCCGCCGCCGCCGGCCAGGCGCGUGCGCACGCUGUACGCCUGCCUGGGGGAGAGCGAGGGCGAGCUGUCCUUCGAGCCGAACCAGAUCAUCACGCACGUGACGCCGUCCGGCGAGCCCGGCUGGCUGCGCGGCAUGCUCGACGGGCGCAGCGGUCUCGUGCCGGAGAACUACGUCGAGCCCCUGCCGUAGUCGCCGACCUCCACAUUGUUACAUGCAGUAUUAUGAAGCAUUCCUGACCCUGCACAUGGACUCGACCGAUGUGCGGCUCGGCUCCACUAAACAUAUCGUCCACUUGGAACGGACACAUUCUUACGUCUUUAUUGUCUAAGUGAAAUGGAGUUGUGCGCGAUAGAGCGAGGGAGUGCGCGGCACACGGUACCGGCUGCGGAGAUGAGCUGCUGCAGGACAGGAGCCGGGAGAGGUGGCCGCGACACGCCCCCGCCCGUACAUUGUUAACUUUUUUUACGUAUUUGUAUAUUUUGUACAUUGUAUAUAAGAUUUGUUGAUAUUUUAACUAUUUAUAUUGCCUAUACGUAUGUUGUGAAUUUUGUACCAAAUAUAUUAGAUCGUACGAUAAUAUAUUAAAUACAUUUUAAGU